GGGAGCUGAGGGAGGGAAUUUCAGAGGUGGUGAAGGAGGUAGGGGGGAAGGGAACGUGUAGGUAGGUGUAUACCCUGGGGCCCCCUUCCCCUCCAGCAGCCCCUCCCCCUCGAGAUGAUGAGCGUCAGUCUAUCGGGAGGUGCGAGGGGAUGGCUGGAGCAUAGCUUCAUCGCGAUUUCUCCCACAUGUCUGAGCAAGGGCGAUGGUGUGAGAGUACGGAGCGGGUCGGGGAGAAGUCCUACCUGUAGCAGUACGAUCAGCAAAUCGUACGCGAUCAGUAAAUCGUACGUCGGUGAUCCUGCGGUUGACGUUGCGAGUGGUCGCGCGUGCGAGUGCUGGGCAGGAGUCGCACCUACCGAUCCACGGACCGGUCGCGCGUCUACAGGUGCAGCUGUGCAAUUACGGUCGUCGGGGGUGGAAGCCAAUGACAGACGAGGCAGCAGAUAUGGGGAAAGCAGAAGGAGAAGAACGACAGGAAGAGGACAACGAAGACGAAGCUCUGGAUAUGGCGGCAAUGAUAUCUCGAGAAGAGUGGAAUGGAUGCACGCUUGUCUGGCUGGAGAAGGAGAAGGAGUAGCAGCAGCAGUAGGAGGAGGAGGAGGAGGAGGAAGUCGAUGGAGUUUGCUGGCUAUGGCGUCCUCCCGGAGAGUAUUAGGUGCGGGGAAAAAGGAGGAAGGAAGGGAAGAGGGGGAGAGAGAAGAAGGCCAACCGCAAUUCCUCCUCCGUUCUUCGCGAAAAGCGACUUGGCAUAGUCGUAAGCCACACCCAGUUGACAGCUUCCGGAAGGUCGGGGUCCAUGUAGCUGGUCGGUCGCUCAGCGGACGACCGGUAGGGUUGGCGAACGUACUGCAGGGAGCUCACACAGAGAGGUCCUCGCUGCUGUCAUCUCUGUCAUCUCAAGGAAACCGUCUACGAUCUUCUCAGAUCUCGUCAGGCCCGUUUCUAGGACACUAUUUGCUGACGUGGAAGUGGGAAGACACACGAAGGAGGAGUGGGGAAUGAGGGUGUUCUAUCUAGCGGACACUAAUGAAUAUAUUCUCUAUCCUCCUCCUCUCCUACUUCGUCCUAAGGUUACGAGACAUAGUAUUGCAGAUUACAUUUCACGAUUAUUGGAGACAUUCAUCAGUGUUGAGUUAUCUUGUAUUUCAACACUUGACGAGUUUCCUCCUGACUGGGUUCAUUACAGCCAUGACAUGGGGGGAGUGAGAAAGCAACCAAAAAAAACAAACAAACCUAAAAAAAAAAACCUAGGCUACCAGCCGGGCCACCCGGGUCCCGGGUGGCCAGCCCGUGCAAGGACCAGGGAAGGUCCCAGGCAAAAGAAAAACAAAAAACAAAAUCCAAAAAAUCCG